AUGCAUUUUAUUAGGAAGCUGCUGCCAUGUUGGUGUUUUCUGUUGCUGAGUUGUCGACCGUCAGUCUUAGCCCAUGACUUUUUCACCUCCAUAGGUCAAAUGACAGAUCUGUUGUUCACCGAGAAAGACCUCGUCACAUCCCUUAAGGACUACAUCCAAGCCGAGGAGAACAAGUUAGAGCGUGUCAAAAAGUGGGCUGAUAAAUUGGAAUCUUUGACCGCCACGGCAACACAAGACCCUGAGGGAUUCCUGGGGCACCCGGUCAAUGCCUUCAAGCUUAUGAAACGGCUCAACACGGAGUGGGGAGAUCUAGAGAGCCUCGUCCUUAGCGACACCACAGAUGGUUUUAUUUCCAACCUGACGAUUCAGAGGCGCUACUUCCCUACAGAUGAAGAUCAGACUGGCGCGGCCAAAGCUCUUCUCCGUUUGCAAGACACAUACAAAUUAGAUGCCAACACCAUCUCGACAGGAAAUCUACCUGGAGUGAAACACAAGACACUUAUGACUGCAGAGGACUGUUACGAGCUGGGAAAGAUAGCCUACUCGGAUGUUGACUACUACCACACAGAACUGUGGAUGGCACAGGCUUUGAAGCAGCUGGAUGACGGCGAGGAAUCCACUGUAGAUAAGGUGACUGUACUGGACUACCUCAGUUAUGCCAUCUACCAGCAAGGAGAGUUGGAACGCGCCUUGAGCUACACCAAGAGGCUCCUUGAACUUGAUCCAGAACAUCAGCGGGCCAAAGGCAAUGUGAAGUACUUUGAGUUCCAGCUGGAGAAGCAGAGAAAGGCAAAGAAAGAGGAGACUGCAACAGAGAAAGAACCUGAGAAGAAAGAGGCACCAGUUAAGAAAAAGAUGAAACAGAAAAAGGACAGGAAUACCUUCUCUCUGAUGCCUGAGAGGAAGAAGUAUGAAAUGCUGUGUCGCGGGGAGGGCAUCAAAAUGACCCCACGAAGGCAAAGCCGACUGUUCUGUCGUUACUACGAUAACAAUCGCAAUCCAUUCUAUCUGCUGGGACCAGUCAAACAGCAAGAUGAGUGGGACAGCCCGUAUAUAGUCCGCUUCCUCAACAUCAUCUCGGACAAAGAAAUUGAGAAGGUCAAAGAGCUGGCGAAGCCAAGGCUACGCAGGGCCACCAUCUCCAACCCCACCACGGGAGUGCUGGAGACGGCGGCAUACAGGAUCAGUAAAAGUGCUUGGCUCACUGGCUACGAAGAUCCCAUGAUCGAAAAAAUUAACCAGAGGAUUGAGGAUCUCACCGGUUUGGAGAUGGAUACAGCAGAAGAGCUGCAGGUUGCAAACUAUGGCGUUGGCGGUCAGUACGAGCCUCACUUCGACUUUGGAAGGAAAGAUGAGCCAGACGCUUUCAAAGAGCUGGGAACAGGCAACCGCAUAGCAACGUGGCUCUUCUAUAUGAGUGACGUGGCAGCAGGGGGCGCCACAGUAUUUCCAGACGUCGGCGCAUCAGUUACACCCCUAAAGGGUACUGCAGUGUUCUGGUACAAUCUCUUUCCCAAUGGGGAGGGAGACUACAGUACGCGACAUGCAGCUUGCCCUGUGCUGGUAGGCAACAAGUGGGUGUCAAACAAAUGGAUUCAUGAACGAGGCCAAGAGUGGCGGCGACCAUGUGGUCUCAAUGAGACUGACUGA